ACUUUGAUGCACUCAACACCAAUCACUUGGAGCUUAUGCUUGGAGAUGAACGUUUUGCUAUUAAUGCUUGGUCUAGCUUACAAAUUGAUGCUGUUGGUGCAAUGGAUGCACAGGAGUACGAUUCAACCAUAUUCGGUGUUCUGGAGCUGAAGGAUGAGUAUAAGGAGGACAUUGCUAGGGAAAUGGGUUUGUUUGGCGGUCCUAAUGGUUUUGAAGCUUGGAUGAAUCUUAAUACACAUCCUUCUUGCAAACAGAAGCAACGGAUCAAAGCCUACACCUUAAUGCAAACUUUUGCAUCAGGCCUCAAUGGUCUGUUGAGCAAUCUUGUGCAAGGCAUGACUGAAUCAGCUGAUACCGAUACUCGAAAAUGA